AGCUGUGUCACAUUGCUCGAUCGACAGCCCGCACAUUCAUUCACUUUGCCUUUGCUUUAGCCUUUCUGCUGUAACUUGCAAGGAACGUCGGAGUUGGAGCAGGAGGCCAGCCGGACUGAGAGAGAGAGAGAGAGAGAGAGUACUAGUACUUGUUGCCCUGCCGGACACCAGUUUCUUCCUCCCCUGCGCGCAAGGGGGCCAGGCCAGGCCACAGCUCGAGAUCGCUCGCAUCGCGGCCGGCCACGGAGAUGGCGACCAGGUGCUUCUUCCCAAGGGACGCGGCGGGCGGCCACGGCCAGUCCAAGGCGGCGGCCGAGGCGCUCGAGCAGCUGCACAACGGCGGCCGCGUCCUGUCCAGGGAGGACGUGGGCGGCGCGGUGCGCGUCAAGAUCGUGGUCAGCAAGCGCGAGCUGAAGAAGAUGGUGGCGGCGCUCGGGGCCGGCGCCGGGGGCGAGGCGGCGGCGGCGCCGGGGGACCGCCGCGGCGGCCGGCAGCGUGCGGCGGCGGGCACCACGGACGCAGAGCAGAGGCUGCUGUCGCUCCGGCGGCGCAGCAUGCGGAGGGCGGCGGAGGAGACGCGGCGGAUGCAGGCGAGCGGGGAGUGGGAGCCCGGGCUGCAGAGCAUCCCCGAGGAGGUUUACUGAGUCUGAGCAUAAUAGUAGUAGAUGGCGUCGUUGAUGAUGGUCAAUCACUUCACUGAUCAAGGUUGGGUUUUGUUUUGAUAACUUCCUGCUAAAUGCUAGACGUAUGUGUACAGCGAUCUUGAUUCCGAAUGACUCUUCCGGAUCCUUAAUUAUGAGGGCUAAACGUUUGGUUGAUCCUCCUACUCCACGAGUCUGUGCAUUUUUUUCUCCUGUGAAUUUUUCGAGAUGAAAACAAGGAGAGGUGUUUGGACCAUAAUGCAAGUGCUGUAUUAAUCUGAUAAAUUCUUCUGGUAUCUUA